UAGCUGCGCUGCUGCUAAUCACUCGUUUGUAGUUUAGUUACUGCGUCUCCUGAGGGACGCCUGAAAUAAAACAGUAAAUGUUUAUAACUGACAUGACUUGAAUGUGAUAUUUUACUGCUGAUAGAUAACAACGGCCAGCUGUGACUGUUAACACGGAGAACACACACACUCACUCACGCACACACCUGUAGCUAAAGUAAACAACUGCCACAGAGGAAGCUAACCCAUCGCUCUUGAAUAUUUUCCUUUAAAUGCUGGCUUUUUAUUAAUACAAUAAAUUGGGCUUCAUAUACAACUUAACUAACCGCACAUAGUAAAACACACACUUGGUGUUAACUCCCCGCAUCCCAGUAACAAUGUAAAUGUUUUUUGUCAGCUGUCACAAUGUAUAUUUUAUUUCAGAGUUUUCUCUCUCACUCUUUCGAGUGAAUAUUUGACUAUCCAUGAAAAUGAGGUUGCCCAAGUCAAUGCACCAAUUACAUCUGAUCUGAUUUUCUUUAAAAUAAACCAAUCUCAAAAUAAUUAUAAGAGCAAGUUGAGCUGAAAGAUUACAAGGUAACACAUUUUAGCAGUUCUUAAAGAUAUUUUUGGCAAAAAUUACGGCACUUGAUAUCAUCAAAGCAGAGGUGACUGAUAGCAGUCUGGUGGUUGUGGAAAUCUUGCCAAAAGAACAGAGUACUUAUUGUGAAAUGUUGUUUCGGGGCUGUUACUGCCUUAGCAGCAACUACGGGACUUUUUAGCAAGUUGGUGAAAAAAAAGUAAAACUUAGCCUGCACAAAACCAUGUUUCACUUUUAGAAAUCAGAAAGUUAAGAUUGUUUACAUUUCUGAGUAACAGUGACACACGUCAUGAUUUUGAUAUUGUCAGACAUGACUUUUAUUAUAAUCUUGACAAAGGAAAAUAGAUGUAGGUGUAUGGAUGACAGGACUGAAGAAACAAGAAAAAGGUUCUGUAAAAAUUAUUUAUUUUAUCAUUAUCUGAUUAGCUUUCACAUCACAGAAACUGAAUCAAAAACUGUUGUGACACUAGCAUAAGCAGACUUUCAUUUUCAUUUUCAAACUAAUGAUACCUUGGCUGCAGAGAUGCUACUAAUAACAAUAAAAUGUUUGGAGGCAAAUCUAGGGGACUUUUUAAAUUUUAUAGGUAAUAAAGCAUUUUAUGAUGUGUCUGUACUUUGCUGCAGGUAUGAGCAAAGUAAUAUGUAAUUGUAGGGAAUACGAAAUAUAACAAGAGCUGACAAAGGCUUUUUUUAAAAAUGCAGUUCUGUCUGACGCUACAGAUGACAUGAGCUGUUCUGGCCGGUAUGUCCAGCCAGUUAUCGGGUAAAAAAAAUCCACAACAGCCCCUUGUAAUUCCUUACUAAGGAAAAGGGUUGGGUGUGGGUAUGUGACAAAUAAGAUUGGGUUAUAUCAUUCUUCAGUUGUCUUUCUAAAAUCCCAAGGGCUGUUUCCUUUUCCAUGGCUUUACCAACUCCUGCCAGUGUCUUAUGUGUGAGAACAGACUGACCCUCUUUAGAGCGCGUGUUUACUAACCACAGUAAUAAAACUAAACUUUGCCCUGUUAGUUUUACACACUGGCAGUUUAAAGGGCAGCACCUGUGGCAGAGACUGAAACCCAUUGCUGAGCACAUCAAUAGGGUCAUUUAUCACUGUAUGCGCCUUCCAGGGAUUUGUCAUCACUUCACAGUCGCUUUUCGCCCGCUUGACAGAGAGUUCCUCUUCGGUGGUGUGAAUGAGGGAAACAUGGCGGACCACACCCCACCUCUGGAGUCUAGCCAGCAUCUCAGCCCUGAACUCCCGAUCCUUGCUUCACCACCUCCCCCAGCCAUGGUCAACGGUGAUGGCCCCCAGCAGGUAAUCCUGGUACAGGUAAACCCAGGUGAGGCCUUCACCAUUCGAAGAGAGGAUGGUCAGUAUCAGUGUAUCACAGGUCCUGCUCAGGUUCCCAUGAUGUCUCCAAAUGGAUCAGUGCCUCCAAUUUAUGUGCCUCCUGGAUACGUUUCACAGAUUAUAGAAGAGAAUGGAGUCCGACGAGUUCUGGUUUUACCUCAGCAACCAGAGUUUCACCCAGGAGGGCACUCCCCUCUACAUCACCCUCCACCGCCACCCCAUGCCCACUUGCCUGCAUUCAUUCCUCACCCUGCUAUGAUGCCGCCCCCACCCCACAUGUACACAGGCAUGGCUGGGGGUGUGGGUGACAUGAAUUCUCAGUAUAUUUCCCAGUACCAUCCAGCUCAUAUCUACUCAGAGCAGGUCUCUACAGAUUCCCACUCCCAACAUGGACGUCCCUUUGUUCACAGAGAUGACAGAACAAGCAAAACAUACGAGCGUCUACAAAAGAAGCUUAAGGAGCGUCAAGGAGUCGGAGGUCCGGUAAAGGACAGUCCUCCACUCUCGCCACAGAAGUCUUGUAACAGCCCAACCACAGUGGACAUUCACAAUGGGGUUGGAGGGAAAGGGCCGGAUGCUGAACAGGAGCAGCUCAGCCAUGCAGUGGCUGGCUGCAACAAGCAGGCAGGCCGAGGAAGAAAUGGAGAGUCAGGAGAGCUGGAUGAAGAAGCCCAGGCACUGCAGGCACUGCUGAGUUCGAUCAGUAAACCGACGGUGUCUGACAUCCAGGCCAGAGGAGUUGAGGUGAGCUGGACUGCUCCAUCCAGGCCUUUGAGUGACAGUAGCACUGUGGAGGAUAACAGCAUCCCCCUGGAGACUGUCAGCUAUGAGGUCUCCAUUUCAUGUAGUGGCAAAGAUGGAAAGUACAAGACAGUGUUUUGUGGAGAAGAACCAAGUGCUACUUUAGAAGACCUUCGACCAGCAACAGACUAUCAUGUCAGAGUCCAGGCCACGUGUAACUGUUUACAGGGAAGCCCUUCAGAGGCCACGAGCUUCACCACUUUAAGCUGUGAGCCAGAUCGUCCCAAUCCUCCCAGGAAGGCCAGUGGGACCAAGAACACACUGGUUCUCCAGUGGAAGGCUCCAUGUGACAAUGGCUCAAAAAUCCAAAACUACAUUCUUCAGUGGAAUGAGGGGAAGACCACUGGAACCUUUGAACAGCUCUAUUAUGGAGCUCAGAAGCAGCACAGAGUGACCAAGCUCUCGCCUGCCUCCAGAUACUCCUUCCGUCUUGCAGCCAAAAAUGACAUGGGUGUAAGUGAGUUCAGUGAAGUGGUGGACCUGUUCACCUCAUGCAGUGUGCCAUUGCCACCCUUCCCUCCAGAGCUGGAGAAGGCAGGGGUGACCUGGCUGUGUCUGAAGUGGCAGCGGCCCACCAGCUCCCCAAAGGAAGACGACAUCUUCUACAUCUUGGAGAUGGAGGAGGAAGGCUCAGGGUACGGCUUCCAGCCCAGCUACGAUGGAGAUGAGCUGUCCUGCACUGUCAGGAACCUCCACAGGAGUACCAAGUACAAAUUCAGGGUGGCGGCAUACAACUCAGAGGGGAAGAGUAAUCCCAGUCAGGUGGUGGAGUUCAUCACAAACCCAGACAGACCCAGCUGCCCCUGCAGGCCUGUCAUCAGGGGAAAGGUCCUACCCAACAGCUUUAAGAUGGCCUGGGAGCCCCCAAAAGAGAAAGGUGGAGCAGAAAUAACGAAGUAUGUGGUGGAGCUCUCUGAAGGCUUGACUGGCUUGUCAUGGGAUCUGGUGUACUCAGGUCCAUCAAUGGAGCACAUUUGUGAGGGUUUAAAGCCCGGUUGUUCCUAUCAGACACGAGUGUACUGCCUGAGCGAAGGGGGGCAAAGCCCGCUGUCGGAGACCCUGCAGGUUCAGACUCCCGCAGUGCCCCCAGGGCCCUGCCAGCCCCCUCGCCUGGUGGGCAAAGCCAAAGCCAGGGAGGUGUUACUGCGCUGGGGUUCUCCUCAGGUUGAUGGAGGCAGCCCAGUAUCCUGCUACAGUGUGGAAAUGAGUGGGCCACAGUCUGAGGAGAGCAGAGAGGUGUACCAGGGCCCUGAGCUGGACUGCUCAGUGGGAGGAUUAUUGCCUGGCAGAACCUACAGCUUCAGGCUCAGGGCAGCAAACAAGGCUGGGUUUGGGCCUCAAUCAGAGCGCUGCGAAGUCACGACUGGCCCCGGGGCCCCUGAACAGUGUCGAGCUCCUUCUGUUACAUGUAAAUCUCCAAGCUGUGUGGUUUUGUCCUGGGAGGCACCCCCUUGUAACGGCGCUGCAGUAACAGAGUUCCGUUUAGAAUGGGGAGCUGCUGAAGGCACCAUGCAUGUGUGCUACACUGGACCAGGACUCAGCCACGAGAUGAAGGGGCUGCUCCCUGCUACUAACUACUUCUGCAGAGUACAGGCUGUGAACGUGGCUGGUGUGGGGCCCUUCAGCGAGGCCGUGCUGUGCCAGACCCCCUGCUCUGUUCCUGCAGCCAUCGGUGACAUCUACGCACUGAAGGAGUCGGAGAUGCUCAGAUACGGCGCUUCAGAAGAGGCAGACGAAGAAGAGGAUGAAGAUGAAGAGGAGGAGGAGGAAGAGGAAGGCAAUUCACAGCCCACACCGCUUUACUCCCCAUCUACCUGUCUAGGCAUCUGCUGGGACCCACCAUGUGAUCAUGGCUCCGAGAUCACCUCCUACCUGAUCGACCUGGGAGAACGACAGCCCAUCGCGGUUGGCCCUGUCACCAAACACAUCAUUCAGCAUCUGCAGCCCGACACCAGCUACAGGAUCAGGAUCCAAGCCCUGAACAGCCUGGGCCCAGGCCCAUUCAGUCACACUUUUAAGCUGAAGACGAAGCCCCUACCCCCGCAGCCGCCACGCCUAGAGUGCACUGCCUUCAGCCACCAGACCCUCAGGCUCAAAUGGGGCGACGGCCCAAACAAAGCUGUCACCUCAGAUGCCCUCCAGUAUCAGCUGCAGAUGGAGGACAAGAGCGGCAGAUUUAUAUCCUUGUAUAAAGGACCCUGCCACACACACAAAGUCCAGAGGCUUAAUGAGUCUACCUCUUACAUGUUCCGCAUCCAAGCCUUUAACGAGGCGGGCGAAGGGCCCUUCUCCAAUGUUUACACGUUCACCACCCCACGAUCUCCUCCUGCCCCGGUCAGAGCCCCUAAAGUGGAGCGUCUCGAUGACAACUCCUGUGAAGUUACAUGGGAGGCCCUCUCCCCGAUGAAGGGAGACCCGAUCACAUACACCUUACAGUGCAUGGUGGGAAACUCUGAGUUCAAACAGGUCUACAAAGGUUCCGCCAACUCGUUCCACCUGCAGAACAUGCAGCCCAACAGCGACUACCGUUUCCGUGUGUGUGCUAUCAGGCAGUGCCAGGACGCCCCGGAGCUGAGUGGCCCCUACAGCCCCACGGUGAUCCUCACAUCUCAGCGGAGCGACACGACAGCAGGUGGUAGUAACGCGUCCGUCCCAGGGUCCCGGUCCAGCACAGAGUCGAACAGGGCCCGACGCAGCCUAACGGAUGAACAGUGUGCUUUCCUAAUCCUGAUGGUCUUCGCCAUCAUCGCCAUCCUCAUCGCUUUCGUUAUCCAGUACUUUGUCAUAAAAUGAGGUGUGAAAAUGGUGUGUAUCUCCCAGCUGCAGGGUUAUAGCUUUAUUCUUUCCCCUUUCUCCCCCGUCUUCCCUCUGACUCUUUGUUGUUUUGUAAGCUUUUGUUUCAUCCUGAUUGUUUUCUCUUGUCAGCGGAGUAAAUUGUAUUGCUUGUUUGUCAGGGCGUCAGGCGGAGGAUGGACCGACAAAUUAGACCUGGAUUAAAAAAAAAAAAAAAAAAGAAGAAGAAAUCCAGGACGUAACACCUUAUUCUAAAGCAUUACAGCGUCUGGUCCUGAAUUCGUGGCCCUGUCCUUAACUAUGUAGUUUGUGUUGAUUGGUUCUGAUCAGCUUCCUGUGCAUAAAGAAGUCAGAAAGAGCAGGGAUACGAUUAAUUCUCGGCGGGAGGGGGCGCUGCGACUCAUGUACUUGUUGAUUAUAGUUUUAUAUAUAUAUAUAUAUAUAUAUAUAUAUAAAUAUAGUCAUUAUUUAUAUUUCCAGUAAUGUGCUCAGUAUGGAACUGUUUUUGAUAGGUGUGUUAUGUAGCCUACGUGCUAUUAGAUCCUGGGACCUGGUGGGCCAGUGUUUGCACAAUGCGGUGUGUGUAAGUGUGUGUAUGUGUGUGUGUGUGUGUCCAGAAACAAAAUUUUAUGUAGUCAGUGCCACUGAGGUACACGGCUGGGAAGGUCUCAGGGCCGCGUGAUUAGCCUUGAGCCUCUGCUGGAGUUUAACGUCUGGGUCACGCCUUCAGUGUUUCUGUGUUUGUGGAGAGACAAAAAAAAAAACAAAAAAAAACUUUUCUGCAAAAAUGAAUGUGCAGUUUUCAAAUCACGUCCUCAUGCUUUUGCUGAGGUGUCCAGAUGUGAGAGGUGGCUGUAGCUCUGUUAAAGAAUCUUAACAAAGGUAUCUGCUGGUUUUUGGAAAAAAAAAA